AUGGUCCACUCUGUCAACGCUCCAGAGUCUGGUAAUACCUUUCAGGCUUUCAAGGAAAAGGCCAAAGGUGCUUCAGACAGCGGGUCACCGGCUGAUGGCCUUCCGGUGGGUGGUAUACGAGUGACAAGGGUCGAGGUUGGCGUUGACGACGAGUUCGUCUUCAAGCCCAACAACAUCAAGGAGCCCGUUGGCACACACAUACAGUUCAACUUUAACCCCAAAAACCACUCCGUCACGCAAUCGUCAUUUGACAAGCCAUGCGAACAGCUAGAAAACGGCUUCAGCAGCGGUCUCAUCCCCGCGGUGAAUGCCCCCUCAGGCAUCUCCUUUGAUAUUGUCGUCAAUGACACCAAGCCAAUCUGGUUCUACUGCGCUCAAGGCCAGCACUGCAAGAACGGCAUGGUCGGCAGCGUUAACGCACCAGCUGAAGGAAACACGCUUUCUGCCUUCACAGAGAAGGCCAGCAAGGCCGGUGCAGGCCAGCUUGUUCCACUUUCGCCCAUCGGCGGCGUCCUCAGCGCCAACGGCACCAUCUUGCCCACACUCAACAGCGCCGUCAUUGACAUUGCGCCUCUGAGCCUUGAUCGCAUUGAACAGGUUCCUAAACCAGGCGAGCACGAUCAGUACAUCAUUGGUGGUGCCGGCGGCGGUCCCGUGGCAAACUACAGCUGGCCCGACACCAUCUCGGCCCCAGCCGUCGAGCGCCUUCACCUACUGCACUACCUAGACAACAUCCUGCUUCGCGUUCUACUUCGCGGUCGCGACAACCUGCAAGAGGGUGGCAAGUGGGCGGGUGCCUACCCGCAAACCAUUGUCAACACGAUCGCCUCCAUGGCGGCGCAGACGUGGAUCCACCGAGCCACGGCAACCGACUCGCUUCAGCACUACAAGAAGGACUUGCUUGAGGGGGAGUGCGAGUAUAAGAUAGACGAUGAAGAUGGCAAAGAAGGUGUCGAUCAAUUCCUCGACACUGUCCUCACGUUGCUGGAUCUCGAAAUCGGGUUUCUCGCCGACUCGUCGAGCCGGCUCGCCCACUCGGACCCGUGGCUCGUGGGCUGUCUCACGUCGGCUCUGGGUGCUAAGUCGCGCAUGGCGGCCGUCGCAAACAUGAUGCAAGGCCGAGCGCCGGCCAUUGCGCCGAGAGAGGUCCCUGUGCCUGCGGGCCUCGUGCGAAAAAAUGUCCCUGAUGGAAGGAACAACAAGACCGAGGGACCUGCUUUCUUUACAUAA